AUUGGUCUAAGGACGGGCGGGGGUCCACGAAAUGGUCGAUAUUUUAGCUAUAGCGGGCUACAGUGGCGCGAGGCUUUACCGAGGCCAGUCCAGUCUCCUUAAAAUCGCCGUGAAACCAUCCCUGUUGUGCUGCCGUGUGUUACGUCGCCGUGGUGUCGGGAAAUUCGGUACUCGCGUAUCAGCGUUGGAGUCAUUUUUGUCGUCGAGGCCAGGUGCAGGGGCCCAGAGUGCAGCGCGCGUUGUGCAUUCCUACUAUUCAGCGAUCGACCGUGAAAGGAUCAACGCUUUUAGGAGAUGGCGGGCCAGGAUCCAAAAUUUCAGAAGGAGGCCGCGGACCAAAACUUCGAUUACAUGUUCAAGCUGCUGAUCAUCGGGAACUCGUCCGUUGGUAAAACGUCCUUCCUGUUCCGCUACGCGGACGAUUCCUUCACCUCGGCCUUCGUAUCGACCGUGGGCAUCGAUUUUAAGGUGAAAACGGUUUUCAGACACGACAAAAGGGUCAAGCUACAGAUCUGGGACACUGCAGGCCAGGAAAGAUACAGAACGAUAACGACGGCCUAUUACAGAGGCGCGAUGGGCUUCAUCCUAAUGUACGAUAUCACGAACGAGGAGUCGUUCAAUUCGGUGCAAGAUUGGGUAACGCAGAUCAAAACGUACUCGUGCGACAAUGCCCAAGUGAUCUUGGUCGGCAACAAGUGCGACAUGGAGGACGAAAGGGUGAUCACCACCGAGAGGGGCAAGCAAUUGGCGGACCAGCUGGGCGUCCAGUUCUUCGAGACGUCGGCCAAAGAGAAUAUCAACAUCAAGACGGUGUUCGAGCAGUUGGUGGACAUUAUAUGCGACAAGAUGAGCGAAUCCUUGGACAACGAUCCGACCCUAAUCGCGGGCGGAAUGGGCCAGGCGAAGGGUCAACGGCUCACCGACCAGCCGACGAAUCCAACAGACGACAAUUGUAAUUGCUAAGAACGUGGACGCCCAUCUAACCGCUGAUCCAAGAGAGAAGAAUUAAGAAGAACGAUAAUCGAUAAGAGG